AUGGAUCCAGUCAGCUUUUCUACUGGCUACUGCAGUUCUCAAAUUAAUUCUAUGAAAAUUAAGAUGAUUAGCAAACCUCCUGAAGCCAUCGACUCCCGGGUGGAACUGGAUUGCGAAGCAGACUUUUCAGAGUCGGGGGUGUACUGGAUCCGUCAGAACAACGGCCACAAUCCCCACUUCAUCUUAUAUGUAAAUUCAAGGUCACAGGUAACAUCAAACGAUCGCCAAGACUAUGAAGUCUCAAAAAGUGGUAACACUUACAAACUGAUAGUGAGAAGAUUCAAGAAAAAGGAUGAGGGCAUUUAUAACUGCAUGAUCUUUCGCAACCAAUAUUUACACUUCAGUUCAGGCCUCUCAGUCUUCCUGCCAGUGAGAACCACACAGGCUCCCACAACCCAACGGCAUGCUCCGGAAACACCAAACACCAACAAUCAUCAAUUCACCAAUGAACCCAGUAAAUGUCCAGAUGUCACACUUGCAGAUCCAUAUGGUGGCCUGGUGGUCCCUUGUAAUCCAUACAUCUGGAUUCCUUUGUCUGGUGGCUGCUGUCUCCUAUUGAUAUCCUUAGUGAUCACCAUGAUAGUGUGCUGUGAUCCUAGAAGGAGAAGAAGAAGAUGCCAAUGUAAAAGGCCCUUGAAUGGAACCAAUGGAAAACCCUCCAUACCACGCUAG